CCCACUCAGAGAGCCCUCUACUGGGAUGUCAUGCAGGAGAACUAUGAGACUGUGACCUCGCUGGGCCAGAGAAUAACAUCCAUGUUUCGCUGCAGAUCAUCUCGUCCUCCCAGGGGCAAGGAAAUGGCUGCAAUGAAGCUGGCUCAGGGGCCGGUGACCUUCGAGGAGGUGGCUGUGUAUUUCUCCAGGGAAGAGGGGACUCUGCUGGACCCCACUCAGAGAGCCCUCUACAGAGAUGUCAUGCAGGGGAACUAUGAGACGAUGGUCUUGCUGGGUAAGGAUUCCUGUCCCUUCUGUUCUUGGAAGGGGAAAUGAAGAGUGAAGGUUCAUGCCACCCCCACAAUGCCAUCUGUACCCUGUCCUG